AUGGAAGUCGCCGAAUAUUACUCGACAUACGCACAACAGCUUGAGGAUUAUUUUGAAAGAUUCCUUCGUCAGACUAAAGAAUCGCUCACUCCAGUUAAUCAGCAGAUGGUUGAUGAUUCACCAAAUGAUAUUCAAACACCAGCUAACGAAAUUUUCGCUACUGUAGAAGCGAAGGGGCCUGUUGAUACUCCAAGGCACAUGCUCGUUGAAAUUUAUGCUUGGGCUUCAAUCACCACAGCAGGAAGUAUGGUUGGAACAUGCUUAGGUUAUACUUUACUGGCACCUUUGAUGCCUUAUCUCGUAGACGUCGAAAGUGCUGCAAUAAUUAGCUAUCUAGUACUACCGCUGACUGCUCAGCUGAUAUUUCAAAAAUAUGGUUACAUCCAGUCUCUGAGUCAUAAAAGCAACGUGAAUCUCCGUUUUCUGUCUCUCGGUUUCUGCAUGGUGCAAGGAGUUUUCAAUGGCCACGUUAUUCACAACAUUUAUGUCACAGGACAGCCACCUGCGUUUUUGACCCCUGCCAUCAUAGCUUACUCAUUCGCGAACAUGCCCCAAGAAGUUGGCAACAAUCGUAUCGCACAGCUUUCCUCAUCACUCAGCUGUGCGUUAGCGGGAAACAUCUCUGUCGGAGCUAUAACUGGAUAUCUGACAUCUUCGUAUUUCUUGCUAUCAUUGAUAUAUUGUGCAAUUGCUGGCAUUGUGAUGCAGUUUAUAUUUAAGCGAGUUCACCAAGAAAGACCACUUCAUACUUUUCAACACGCUUUAACUUCUCUCAUGAUUAUUGCAAAAGGACUAUUCUUUCUAAUUUUUGGAUCUUAUGCGUGCGUACUUGUGAGCAUCUCCCUUAACGAAUACUAA